GCCCAGGUUUGUCACAUUGAGGAAGGGCACGGCGUUAGUGGAGGUUUACUUACCAACGCCAUCAUGUCACAGGGUCUUCUGACUAAACCUCAGAUGAGAGGCCUUCUGGCCAAGAGAUUGAGAUUCCACGUUAUUGGAGCCUUCAUCUUUUCCCUGAGUGUUGUAGCUCUGUACAAGUUUGGUGUGGCUGAGCCAAGGAAGAGGGCAUAUGCCAACUACUAUAAGAAUUAUGAUGUAGUGAAGGAGUUUGAAGCCAUGAGGGACGCUGGAGUAUUUCAGGGUGUGAGGCCCAAAGACGAAUGA